UUCUUUUUGUUUACGAUUUUGAUCAAUUAAUUGAUCUGUUUCGUUCUAAACAUGGUUAAAUUGUGUGUUAGGUUAUGAUUUGUUAAUUGUUUUAGUUCUGUUUUCUUUUUAGUUUUUUUCCUGAUAUUUGGUGUUGUUGUUUUUUCUUCUUCUGGUUAAUUGUUAAUUGUUUAUUUAAUUGUUGUCACUAAGAUUUUUCGAUUUUGGUGAUUGUAACUGGUCAUCUUUUCUUUGCAGAUUCAUUUGCCUUUGGCGUUGAUAUUUUUCACUCUCAUGGCUUGUGAACAUCUCUGGUUGUAAUUUUUUUCCUUUCUAAAAUCUUCUUCAUCCGUUGUUGUUCAAUUAUUGGAAUUAUUAAUUAUUUUCAAUUGUAUCUUUGUGGAUAACAGAUCAACGGAGACAAAAUUGAAGAUAAACAUCUGAAUAUCUAUUUAAAUCUAAUCACUGGUAUAUUAUCUUACACUUGUUAUAAUUUUCCUUUGGUGUUGAAAAAAUUCAUCCAAGACUAUUGAUCAGCAUGAUGAACGUUUUUGGUCGUCGUAUUUUACAAUUGAGUAAACAACUUUCAUCAAAUUUGUUCGUUCGAAAUUCAACUCAUUUCAACUAUUAUCCAGAUACUGUAGCAGCUUCCGAGGGUGAAACUAAUCGAAUGAAUUUAUUCCAAGCAAUUAACAAUUCACUUGAUUUGGCCUUGACUAAAAAUCCAAACUCAUUUAUAUUCGGUGAAGAUGUAGCAUUCGGUGGUGUCUUUAGGUGUACAAUUGGAUUACAAGAUAAACAUGGUAAAGAACGUGUAUUCAAUACACCUUUGUGUGAACAAGGAAUCGUCGGAUUUGGAAUCGGUUUAGCAGCCGCUGGUGGUACAGCCAUAGCUGAGAUCCAAUUUGCCGAUUAUAUAUUCCCUGCCUUUGAUCAAAUACUCAAUGAAGCAUCCAAAUUUCGUUAUCGAGCUGGUAAUCAAUUUGAUUGCGGUGGACUAACCAUUCGAGCUCCUUGCGGUGCUGUUGGCCAUGGAGCUUUGUACCAUUCGCAAAUGGUUGAAGCUUUUUUCGCUCACAUACCCGGUAUCAAAAUAGUCAUUCCUCGUGGACCAAUUCAAGCUAAAGGUCUUUUAACCAGUUGUAUUGAAGACAAUAAUCCGUGUAUCUUUUUCGAGCCCAAAAUUUUAUAUCGAACGGCAGUUGAACAAGUUCCCGUUAAAGAAUAUAAAAUUCCUCUUUCAAAGGCGGAGGUAAUUGUCGAGGGUGAUGAUGUUACCCUAAUUGGCUGGGGAACUCAAGUUCAUGUACUUCAUGAAGUCUGUCAAAUGGCUCAGGAUAGUUUGAAUGUUUCCUGUGAAUUAAUUGAUCUACAAACAAUUAGCCCAUGGGAUCGAGAGACAGUUUUAAAUUCAGUUAAAAAAACGGGCAGAGUUUUGGUUGCACAUGAAGCCCCUUUGACCGGUGGUUUUGGAGCAGAAAUUACUGCCACCAUUCAACAAGAGUGUUUCCUUCAUCUCGAAGCUCCAGUAACUCGAGUUGCAGGUUUCGAUACACCAUUUCCCCAUAUAUAUGAACCUUUCUACAUUCCAGAUAAAUGGAGAUGUCUUCAUGCUCUCAAAAAGUUAAUUAACUACUAAAAUGCAAUUAAACUAUUCCAAUAGCAAUCGUCUUCCAUAUCGACGUUAUUAAUUGACUGGUUUCUAAAUGUUUUCGUGCCAAAUCAACUUGUCCUCCUGUUAAAUUGUUCAAUUUAGUUUUCCAAAACAACAAACUGAAUCAAAACACAACUUGAACGUUAUUAACUAUAUUUUCCAGUUAAUUUGGUUACCAUUUAUACUUUACAAUUAUAAUCAGAAUCCUUAAUUUCUGUGCCUUUCAAGAUGAAAUUUUUGUGAAAUAAUUUAUCCAUUGGGUUAAUUUGUUAAAAUUUUUACAUUGUUUAUUGAAUUACAAACAAAAUUUAUCACUUAAUUGCUCUUGAUUUGAGAUGAAAAUUUUGAAAUCAAUGUAAAAUAAAUGAUGAAUAACAAUUAAUUUAAAUUAUUGAUUUCUAUCCAAAGA